AUGGAAAAAAUGAUAGAUUUACAUUUAUUUUAUCUUUUAAUUAUUCGAAAAACUCAUCGCGAUGCAACACCAUCGAAGAUGUAUGCAUUUUCAUCAUUUACAUAUUUAUUCGCAAUGCUUUCAAGUAAUUAUGCUUUAGAAUUUGUUAGUUAUCCAAUGCAGGUUUUAGGAAAAUCAGCAAAACCGGUUCCAGUUAUGCUUUUGGGUGUUUUAAUAGCAAGAAAACGAUAUCCACUGAAGAAAUAUCUUUAUGUUUUAUUGAUUGUUUUCGGAGUGGUUUUAUUUAUGUAUAAAGAACCAAAACAGACAACGAAAGCAACUGAAGAUGGUGAAAUAUAUGGUAUUGGAGAAUUUCUUUUGUUUGUUUCACUUGUCUUUGAUGGUCUUACCGGUGGUAUACAAGACAGUAUUCGUGAUAAACAUAAAGUUCAAGCUUAUCACAUGAUGUUUGCAAUGAAUAUAUGGUCAUGUUUAUGGGCAUUCAUUGGUAUUCUUGCAACUGGUGAAUUAUAUGGUUUUAUUGAUUUUCUUCAGACAUAUCCUGAUGUUAUUUCAAAGAUUAUUUUACUCAGUUUAACAGGUGCAGUAGGACAAAAUUUUAUUUUUCUUACAAUUGAAUGGUUUGGCCCAUUGACAUGUUCAAUUGUUACAACAACACGAAAAUUUUUUACUAUACUUUGUUCAAUAUUUAUUUUUGGCAAUCCAAUAACAAUUCGUCAAAUGUUUGGAACAACACAUAUUUAUCAACCAGGUUGGACAUUAGCUGGUGCUGGAUUAAAAACACCUGAUGAACUUGAAAAAUCACAAUCACAAUGUAUUCCAACUAAUACAACUUGGAUUCAAUCAAAUGCCAGUCAAAUUCAACCAGAAAAAAAUCUCGUAGAAUUAGAUGAUGGAAAACAAAUUACAUAUGAUUAUCUCAUUGUUGCUGCUGGUAUACAAACACGUUAUGAUAAAAUAAAAGGAGCUAUUGAUGCAUUAGAUAAUGAUCCGAAACAUGUAGUUAGUAUUUAUUCGAGAAAAUAUGUUCGUAAUGUUUAUAAUACACUUAAUAAUUUUCGUGGUGGCGAAGCGAUAUUUACAUUUCCUGGUACACCGAUUAAAUGUCCUGGUGCACCACAGAAAAUAAUGUAUCUUGCGGAAGAUUUAUUUCGAAGAAAUAAUAUUCGUGAUAAAACUACUGUUAUAUAUAAUACGGCAUUACCAGUUAUAUUUGGUGUUAAAAAAUAUGCUGCUGCUCUAAUGGAAGUUGUCAAAGCAAGAAAUAUUCAAUUAAAUACUCGAUUAAAUCUUGUUGAAGUACGUGCUAAUUCAAAAGAAGCUAUUUUUGAAAAUCUUGAUCAACCAGGUACAAUGAAAACGUUUAAAUAUGAUUUAUUACAUAUUGGUGCACCAAUGGCACCUUAUGAAUUUUUAGCAAAAUCACCAUUAGCUGAUGCAAAUGGUUUUGUUGAUGUUGUUAAAGAAACAUUACAACAUAAGAAAUUUCCUAAUAUUUUUGCUAUUGGUGAUUGUACAAAUCUUCCAACUAGUAAAACAGCUGCUGCCAUAGCGGGAUCAAAUUCUAUUCUUGUUAGGAAUUUAAUUAAUCUUAUGGAUGGAAAAUCUGAUAGCGUUCCAAAAUAUGAUGGAUAUACAAGUUGUCCACUUGUAACAGGUUUUGGUAAAUGUAUUUUAGCAGAAUUUGAUUUCAAUGGACAACCAUUAGAAACAUUACCAAUUGAUCAAGGAAAAGAACUUCGUCUUUCGUAUAUAUUAAAAAAAGAUGUUAUGCCAUCGAUGUAUUGGAAUAUGUUAAUCAAAGGUACAUGGAAUGGUCCAGGAACACUUCGUAAAAUGUUUCAUCUUGGCAUGACAAAAUAA